CUGAAAGCGAGCCACGUGACAUAUUAGCAUGCGCGUCUACUGCACAGCAGCUAGUAAUGGCGUAUGCUUCUUGUGAAUCCUAGCGUGAUAGACGUUCUCUUCGAGGAGUGCAAUUUACUCAUUUCUUAUUGAGGAAAGAUGCAGUUUUGCUGAAGAAUGGAUACAGAAUCAUCAUCAAAGUUCAUUGGUUCCCUAUCCAAGUUUCUGCAGUCUCUGUGCAAUGGUUAUGUUAAUUUUGAAGAUGGUGUUGAGCUGAUAGGUCAUAUCUAUCUUAGUGUUGAUACUGGAAAAAAGAUUGAUUACAUUCUGAAUGAAAAAGUAUGUAAAAGUGACAAUUCUGUAACAUUUAUAAGCAACAGUUUUCAUGCACAGCCUUUAGACAAACUGAAGACACUAUCAAGCAAAAAGAAUGCUGAAGAUAAAGCUCCUGAUGGUGCGGGCAGGAAAGAAGAAGAAGCUUUAUUAUUACAGUCAGGAGAUGGACCAACCCGCAACACACAAAUAAACACAUUAGGCAGAAACCAUGGGUCUCUUUCGUCUGGUCAAGCUACACAGAACCGGUCAUCAGUAAAACGUCCAGGUUCACCGCUGACCUCAAGAAAGGCACCAACUCCUCCACAGCGACGUCCGUCAACACCUCCAUCUCAGAGGCGGUCACAGCUGCAAUCUGCUUCUGCUAAAGGUUCUUUGGGAAGUCCAGCAUCAUUAAAAAAUGUGCCAUCAUCGCCUUCAUCAUCAAGUCUUGAUAAUGCUCCUUCACCUUCGUCUAGGUUAAAAACUAAUCAUCCUUCUACAGAAACAGUUAGUGGAGAUGCAGACAGUGAUAUUUUAGUACCACCAAACAUACUAGCUGUUGCACAAGUCCCUGAUCUUUCAAGCUUUUUGGGUGCAACAGGAAAUGAGGGACAAGAUGCAACAGCUCAUGAGCAAGGACUGGCCACAUCUGAUGAUGAAACUAAACCUGACACAGACAUUACAUUUAUUAAAGAAGAGUUCAUUCCUAGCGCUUCAAGCUGUGCUCAGGCAGGCAGCAGUGGCCAAUCCUCAGGUCGAUCAAUGGAAGAACAGGUGCACGAUUCGGGCAGCUCGUCUGGUUUAUAUCCUGUCAUGCUGCAUCAAAAUACUGCGGCUUUCUCAAGUUCUGGUGGUUUUCCUCCAAGCUUUCCUUCACUUGGCAAUGCAACAGCCACAUCUACCUCUACGUCUCAAGCAUCCACCGAUAUUUUUGCCAAUCCUGUUCCUGGCACUUCAAAUCAGGAUAGCAGUAGUGGAGACCCAUCAGGCUGUGGCAUAGACUUGAACAAGCAGACCUUGUGGCAAGACGAGCAGGGUGGACACAUCUUGAUAGCUAAGAUGACUCAUUCAAAGUGGCAAAUGCGAGAACGAAAAUAUCAGUGUGAAUACUGUGGCAAAGCAUUUGUUGCAGGCAGAGACUAUGCAGUUGAUGCUCUGGUAAGUGACCUGUGGUUUCGGAGGGAAGAUGGCCAUGGUAUGCUCAAGGAAGGAGAAUUUGUUCCAGAUAGAACAGUCAGAAUCGCGUCAGUUUCGCCCAAGAAGGGCUGGAGAGAGCGUCUCAAGAGCUUUGUGUCUGGUCACUCCCGGCAUAUAAAGCAGACAGUGGACUUGAUGUUCGGCAGCAUGGACCACAUUCCAGCUUUCAGGCAUACGAAUAAUAAAAACCAUCCUUUACAAGAAACUAGACAAAAACCUUGGAAUAAAAGGAGCAAAAGAUAUGCCUCAUUUCGCUUUUGUGGAGACAUCAGCUUGUUGAGACAAGCAGAAGAUAUUACCCAACCAAACUUGGUUACCAAGUGGAAAGUAUCUCGUGGGCCUGUUCAGUGCAAAGAAUGUGGUACGAUGUUGUCCUGUGUCACAGCACUGGAGGCUCAUUUGGCUCGUGCCCAUCGUGACCUGCAGCAAAAGCCAGCUGUGUGUGACCGAUGCGUGGUGAGUCAGCAUGCAUGUAGCCCUUUCCUACAACUUGGGCAGGGCAGUGCAGAACUGAUCCCUGUGCAGCAAGUUUCUCUUCAGGCCACAACAGCUCAUGGUUCCUACUGCAAGCGCUGUAUGUUCUACUGCUCAAGUGUUCAAGUGCUUUUCCAACACAUCUCUAAAUGCAGGGCAGCCUCAAAGAGUCAUUCCAAAGAGGGUGUUGCAUCUGCUGUGACUGUUCAGAGUGAAAAUUGGGAGGAAACAGAAAGGGGACAACAAAGAUUGGGAACUCAAGAAGUGGAUAACGCCACAGACCCUUCUAAGCCCUACAAAUGUUCCAGAUGCGGACGCAGUUACCAGCUGGCCCAGUCACUGCAGCGUCAUCGGUGGAAGUGUGACAAGUCACGGCCCAUGCAUUGUGCCCUCUGCAAUGCAGUGUUUUUCCGUGCAGACAUAAUCAACGCUCAUAUGAUGUCAAUGCAUGGUGUUGAUAUUAGAACAGCCCCCAAACGUGUGCAAGAUGGCAUGCUAAAUGGAUAAUGUGUUUGGCUAUCUCUGAGACAUUAUUAAAACAUCAUUUACUGUGUACAAGAAGGCAUGCUAAAUGAAUGAUGGGCUUUGUUGUCUCUAAAAUUUCUUAGGGAGCAUUUUUCAUCCUGUGAGUGACCAUGGCAUCAUUCACAGAUCUCGGUUCAAAGCUGACUUUAAUGAUGUAGAUAGUCAUAAAGAACAGCUUUCUUUGUUACCUUGUUUGAGAAACAUGGUAGAAGUGUGUGCAAUCAUCCACUUCAUAAAAAGCAAUAUUUUUAAAAAAAAAUCUAUUUUCCUAACAUAAAGAAGCAGAUGACCUAUUGAUAAUUAUCUUAUGUCAAUACAUCUCAGGAGCUUUAAAAUAUUGAUUGCAACUCAAUUUGUGAAUACCAGCAUGAAGUUAAACCAGAUGGUUGUGUAAUGGAUGUAGUCCAUAUGGUUUUUUUAAAAAAAAUGUAUUUCACACAUUUAAAAUUUAAAAGAGUUCAGCCAAGAUAUUGUAGUGUUAAUUCUUUAAAUAGAUUGUAAGCCAUUCUGAAUUGGACUCUCAAGUGCAUUGCACUUACAUCAUCAACUAACUGGGGGAAUUAAGUCCCAGAACGUGAAUCUUUAUUCUUGACUCCAGUGAAUUGUGCCACAAAACAUUUAUUGUAUGGUUGUCUUUCACUGUUGUAUGUGUCUUCAUAAACAACUGACUGAAAGAAAACCUGUGUGUGCUUUACCCAUUGAACACUAGAAACUUGGAUGUCUUGGAGUUGUCAGUCUUAAGGUCCAUUCUGUCUCAUCCCCUUUUAAUCCUCAGUGCUCAUGCAUGGACUAUCAGCUAUGUCACAUUUCUGUUGUCUGUUUCAUUUAUUAACACAUUUCACAGAAAGUGAUUCAGUCUUAAGUAGUAACUCGAUAAUCUGUACUAUCAGUUUUAGUGAUACUGUCACCAGCUACAAAGAAAUGUCUAAAAGAAGGGUAUUCUGCCAUACUUUUAUUUAAAAGUAGAAGCAAAACUAUCAUAAAGUCUUUAUUCAUAGCUUAAUGUGGCUGUAUCAGAGUCACAAGUUGUUGCAUUAAAUGAGAUUUUUUGUCUUUUCCUCCAUGCACUCACCAGCACAUUAAAAGCAAAGACAGAACUUAAUGAUUUUUGUUUUGCUGUGACUGGGGAGUUUUAUUUCAUCCAUACGGUUUUCAAGAUUGGCUAAUAAAAGAGAAAUUCGGGGUUCUUAUUAAGGAAAUAUUUAUCCCACACAGAUAAACAUUAAUUGAUGAUUCAGAGAAAAAUAUUGUUUUUACUUUAGGUACUCCCUAUUUAAGAGGUAGUUUUUAAAAUCAAGAGCAUAUGCUAUUGAUUUUAAAGCUUAGAUUGAAAAGAAAGAAAGAAACAAAAAUGUAAUAUUUGGAAGAGUGAAUGCACGAGUGGAGGUUUAUGAGACUUGCAGAACUCUUGCAUUUUACGUAUCUCAUGCUGUGGCUUUUGUCCAAGAAACUGUUCAAGCAGUGUAUUGAUGCUAUCAAGGAACUGUUACAGUCAUUGCUCUCCUGUGCUGCAUCCUAAUCUCUUGUCACUUGAUAAAGACUCGUGCCGCAUAGGUGAAAACGCUGCGUGCUGACUGGACACUCUUUUCUUCU